UCGGGCGUGGCACGUACUCUAGGUACCUGUGCACCUGCAACCAGCGGUGCCUCCAUCACACCCACGCCCGCCCGACGCAUCCCGAGACACAACCGCUGCUGCGCUUCCCACCAGGGGCGCGUCGUACCGCCUCUUUGCCUGCGCGAUACUGAACCCUGCCGCUUACCUAAACUCCCACCGCAUCCAGCCACCCGUCCUGUGCCUACUUCCCGCCGCCACUCCCUGCUCUCUGUCUCAACAUGUCUCGCCGCGUGAAGACACCGCUCUCGUCCUCCGCAUCUUCGCACCCUUCCCCAUCCGCCACGGCCGCCACCCCUCCCUCUUCUUCGUCCACCGCUACCUCCGUUCCCGCCGCCACCCUGCGACCUCGGCGGGACAAGAAGGCGCCUAGCGCGACGACUACUACUAGCACCGCUGCUGCGGCCGCCGGCGGCCCCGCGAUGCCCUCCGCGCCCGCGCCCGCGUCGUGGGCGGCCCGCAAUCGGUGGGUCGUGCUCGCCGUCGCGAGCGGCGCCUGCGCCGCGUUCAACGGCGUCUUCGCCAAGCUCACCACCAACGACCUCACCACGCAUAUCGCCCGCGGCGUCUCGGGCGCUCUCGGGCUCGCGGACCUCGAGCGCCUCGUCGAGGUUGUCGCGCGCGGCGCAUUCUUCGGGCUGAACCUAGUGUUUAACGGAGUGAUGUGGGCGCUCUUCACGCAGGCGCUGGCGGCCGGGCGCUCGACGACGCAGGUCGCGGUCGUCAACACGUCGGCCAACUUCGUCGCGACGGCGCUGCUCGGCCUCGCCCUCUUCGCCGAGCGCCUGCCCCCGCUCUGGUGGGCCGGCGCCGCGCUGCUCGUCGCCGGCAACGUGGUGAUCGGCCGCGGUAGCGGUGCCGGCAGCGGCGACGGCGCUAAAGAGGGCGAGGAAGAAGAGGAGGAGGAAGAGGAAGAGAGGGAGAGGGAGAGGGGUGUGUCUGCCUACGGCGGCACGGACGCGGCGUCGCGCGCGAGGAAGGACGGGGAGGAGGAGGAGGAGGAAGAGGAUGUUGCGCUGCUAGGGGAUCUACGUUGAGGUUCGACCGUAGUAAGGGUGAGUCGAGAGCGCAAGUUGAUACUGGAUUCUAACCAUCACGCUAGUAAUACCGACUCGUGAUGCAGUACAUAUAUCAGACAUCGCUACCAGGGCAC